AUGGCCGAGCUCCCGUCGAAGAUGCACCUCACCUCUCACCCCAUAUGCCUGAGGAUCCGUCGGCCCUCGGUAUACCAGGACGAAAAGCAGCGUACGUGGCUGCAUCUCGUCAUGGAGACAAGAGGUGUCCUGCAAGUACGGUUGCGCCAGGAAGACAUCCCAAGUGGGCAUAUUGAACUCACCACCAACCCACUGUCCUCGAGCACCAUGCCUUUGAUGUGGACGCGCAAACCUGGCAGCCAGUACCUGGACAGCCUUCACCGGUUCUGGCGCAUUGUACACCACAUCAAGGAGAAUGGUGUGGAGGAAAUGAUCCUUGAGUUGAUGGAAGACUCAUAG